CAGCCGCAGAUGACUUUUCAUGUGGAGGGCAGUCCGGCCCUUCCCAGGUCUCCCUUUAAUGAAAGAAGCUCCGUCUUUCCCAAGCGAUAAAGGCGCGGAAAGUCCUGCGGAGAGGAGCUGCCUGCGCUGCGGCCGGUGUCCCGCACCGCGCGAGGAACAAAUACUUCUAAAGUCGCAGACGACGUCGUCGGACGUGUCACCUGCCCUCCUCCUCCUAGUCGCGGUAUUAACUUUCUUCGUCUGGAGCCAGACAGAGACACGCCGCUAUGCAGCUGCCUGCUUUGGCGCGCGCCUACGUCCUUUUCUCAGCCCUGCUGCUCGCGGGGCUGCGCGGCUCCCAGGUGAAGUUCAGUCGGCUGGACCGCUGGGCGAAGACGGGCUUCCAGUACGUGAAGAUGAACCUGUGCCGGCAGGUCUCCUCGCUGCCCGAGAGCGAGUGCAGGCGGCUGUCCCAGAGCGGCGUGGCCGUGUACGCGUCGGAGCUCCACUCCGACAAGGUGGUGGCGGUGCUGCCGGACUCGCGCUCCUCCUCCUCCGCCGCCGCCGCGGGCGCGCCGUCGUCGACCUCCAAGGUGGGCGGCUACGCGGUGGGCUUGUUGCCGGCGGAGGACGGCAGGCGGCACCGGGACGUGUUCCCCGGCCCCGCGGAGCACGACGCCGUGCUCGUGCUCGACCCGAGCCCGGGACAGAGCUUCGGACACCCGGUCGUGCUCUUCUACGUCGACUUCAAUGUGACCAAGAAGAAAUGUGGGCACAGAGACGGCAUCUUCCUGGGUGAGGAGUGCCUGACCCUGGCUCUGAAGAGCCGCUGUCAGAACCAGCUAAAGCCCCGCCAGAGCCGCAGUGCCCGCCGGGGAGCAAUGCCACGCGUGGGGACGGCAGAGCGCAACGAGGGGCUCUGCGAGAUUCACUUCCUCCCCUUGGUUGUGGGAGUGCGGGAUAGCAACCGCACACAGCGACUGCACUGCGUGGACCACCCGGACUUUGCCCACUGCCCACGGCCCCUGCCGGUGUCCAGCCCCACCGUGCCCGUCUCCAACUGCGAGCUCAACAAGAACACACGGCGCUGCCACCAGCAGCCCCUGGCAACGCACAUGUCCUGUCGGCUAUAUCAGACCUGUGACCACGCCGUGUUGCUCUCAGGUGGCUGGCAGCAGCAGAUCACAUACCAGCAGCACUGGAACAACCUGCGGAUCUUCGACAACAUGCUGAGGAACAACGGCUUUCACAAGGACCACAUAAAAACCUUCUUUGCAGGCAAAGGGCUAGUCUCGGAGGAGGAGUCAGACGGGGUGUACCCAGCCACGCAGAAAGAGGUGAUCCGGAACCACAUUUCCUACGUGUGCCGCAAGCAGCACUGCGCCGACUCGCUGGUGCUGUACCUGAACAGUCCCACGCGCAACGACGGAACCAUGCUGCUUUGGGACGGCAAUCACAACGGCAUCGCGGAUUCGACUGAGCGCUACUCGGUGAGCGAGCUGCUGGCCGACCUGGCUGGGUGUCGGGCCAGGAGGGUUCUGCUGUUUGUUGAGCAGAGCUACAACGCAGCUUUGGGAAAGAGGCUCAAGGGGUCUCUCAAACACCUCAACGUAGUAUUGCUCAGCGGUACCACCCGGGCAGACACGGCUGAGUUCUGGGGAUCCCUGCACCCUGCUCGUUGUCUCAUAGACCACCUGAGUCAGUCCUCAGCAAUGUCUUCAGGCCACCUGGCAGGGCUCCUGAACGUAACCCUUGCCGGCGCACCCUGCAACGCCACCCCUCCACUCACAGAAGCAGAGAUGCGCAAGGAAUACAUGGGCUGCCAGAACCUGCCCACGGCACUCUGGUACCAGAGCCACCACCAGCCUGAAGAGAAGAGGAAGUGAGGGCUCCCGUGAUGCGCUGUAACCAUCUCCUGUUCUGUACACGUCCCUGUCGCUGGCUCACAAUGGACAGUGGCUGCAAGUCACAAGCUGAACUCCAGUCCCAGUAACCGAGGAAGCCCCAUUCUCCACUUGCAACCUGCUGUCCUCCGCAAGUAAAUAGACAUUGUAACCGUGAUUAUUAGCACAGCUUAAAGUGUAAAUGCCAAAUGUUGCAAAGCAGGAAGUCUACACUCUAACUGCCAACAGCCACCACUAAAUGCACCUCGGGGCACCUUGACUCCCCUGUUGUCCGGUUCGUAGUAUUUUUGGUUGUAUCUCUGCAUGUACUGAGAGCCACGAGCGUGGAGAGGACUUAGGGGAGAAAACACAGGCUCAGAUCUGUGCUGUAGCAGGAGGGGGAGGGCGCCUCCGAUGUCCCCUCUCUGAACCUUGGCACAUAAACUUACUCCUGCCCGCAAUAGUACUACCAGUACGGAGUGUCCCGUUGGAGCGCGGCGGUGGAGACAGGGGGGUUCAGGCGGGGGACAGCAAUGCCUCCCAUCCAGCAUGCUCCCGCUUGGGUCGCUGAGCAUGCAUGCGGGAAGAAGCAGCACCUCCCGCCCAUCUGCCCCUGUCCCAGAAUGCCCUGGCGCCUUGCUGAGCGACUGAUGACUCGCCCAUGAUUUAAACAUGAGGAUGGGUUCCUGCCCUGGCACAUGCGCCAACACCCCCUCCCCCUCUCCCCCUCCCCGCCCUCCCCUUCAGAUACGAAGGUGCCUCUGCCAUGGCGACAGUCUGCUAGACAGUCCCUCACACCACAGAAACACCAAGCCUGCAGCACAGAGGACCAGAGCACCUGUAAUACUGCUGUACACAGGCAGCACCUGGGAGCUUUGGAGAAACCACCACCUUCAGGCACUCAAGUGGGCCACGGGUGCAUGUGUUUACACACAUACACGCAAGCACACACGCACAAACAGGUGCUAUGUUGUACAGUUGCUGCCGAUGUUGUGCUAAGACAUCUGGGAUAUGAACACAGGAGUUACAGGCCUUGAGAUUUCCAUGAUCUAAAAGUGCGGACCACGUGUCCGUUCCACACCACAUCUUACCAGCCACCUGCUAACCAAAUACGCUCAGACCAAUCAUUGUGGAACGCAAAAAGAACCGUGAAGGAAGCCAUGAAUGUCAAAAAGCAUGUAUUGUGCGUAUGUGCUCGCCAUGUUACCUUUGAGCAAUUUAAUGUCAUAUUUUUCUUCCAAGAGAAUUCAAAAUAAUCUCCUCCAUUUGUGCAUUUUAAACCAUAGAUUAUGUA